AUGGAUAGCGUAGUCGACAAAUCAGAAACGACCGGCUUUGGGAUGCUGCGAAAAGAAAGUCAACGGUCGUGUAAGUGCGUGAAGGUGGAACAUCAGCAGUGUUUCAGCGUGCCAACUUCCUCAGUGAUUUCUGUGCGCCGUUCGAAGGCCGAACGGACUGCCAAAUUGUUCAUGCAGCGACUUUGGAAACUAAAGAACGAAGACAAAGCUCCCUACGAAUGGGACCACCCGCUCCCGCAGAAGCUACAGGAUGAGUGGAAGCAAUUCCAUGCUACGCUUCCCAUCCUGGCUGACAUCAGAAUUACACGUUUCGUAUCUUUGGCCGCCAUUUCCAAGGUUGAGUUGCAUUUCUUUUGCGGUGCAUCUGACGCUGCCUACGGAGCUUGUUGCUUCACCCGCUCGUUGAACAACGACCAAUCAAGCGUGAUCUUGGGCAUUGUACGUAAGUCCACCAAAUCAUCGAACAUCAUUCUCACGACAGCUGAUCUCGUAGUCACCGAUCACACGCUGAUUCGACUUGCUCAAUCGCAACUCUACUCGGAAGAGCUAGCUGAGCUCACCAGUUCCACAAGUAACGACGUCUUGAAGUCCUCACCCUUGAAAUGGUUGAAGCCACAUGUCGACGACAACGGAAUCAUCCGUGUAGGAGGACGUCUAUCAAACGCUGAAGUUCCAGAUACCGUCAAGUACCCGAUGGUGCUAUCCUCAAGUCACCCACUAGCACAGUUGCUAGCAGGUUAUUACCACAAGUUUCUUCUGCACGCCGGUCCACAACUCAUGCUCGCUACCAUGCGCCAAAAAUACUGGAUCAUCAGUGGAAGGAAUCUUGUCCGGCAUGCGUAUCACCAGUGUGUCAAGUGCUUCCGGAACAAGCCGAUCCUGAUUCAGCAGAGUGUAGCAGAUCUUCCAAAAUCUCGUGUGACUCCAGCACGCCCGUUCGCAAUCAGCGGCGUCGAUUACUGUGGACCAGUGUUUCUGAAGUCAACGGUACGCAAUCGUGGGCCAACCAAAGCGUACAUCGCCAUUUUCGUAUGCUUUUCAACGAAGGCAGUGCACAUCGAGUUGGUCACGGACUUGUCCACACCAGCGUUCUUGGCUGCACUUCGCCGAUUCGUCGCCCGCCGUGGCCUUGUUCGAGAACUCCAUUCGGACAAUGGCACUGCAUUCAAGGGAGCAGCUAACGCACUCCAUCGCAUCUACGAGAUGUUGAAGUCCAGUGAAACUGACCGAGCUCACAUCCAGACCUGGUGUGCCGAAAAUCAAAUCCAGUGGAAAUUCAUUCCACCACGCGCCCCACACUUCGGAGGAUUGUGGGAAGCCGCAGUGAAGUCAGCCAAACAUCAUCUCCUGCGUGAAAUCGGCCACAUCAGCAUCCGUCAAGAGAACAUGACAACGCUGCUAACACAGAUUGAAAUGUGCCUCAAUUCAAGACCACUGACCCCAAUUCCGUGCGAUCCUACUGACCUCGAGGUUCUAACGCCUGGUCAUUUCUUGGUUGGCUCGAAUCUACAAUCCGUUCCGGAGCCAAGCUACGUCGACACGCCGGACAACCGUCUGGACCACUGGCAAAUCACCCAGAAGCUAUUCCAGCGUAUUUGGGCCCGGUGGUAUCCGGAGUACCUUGCUCAACUCCAAUCUCGAGCAGCAAAGGGUUGCAAAGCACCAGUUCCUAUCAAGGUGGGACAGAUCGUGGUCAUCAAGGAUGAGAAUCUUCCUCCUGCACAAUGGCCGCUCGGAAGAAUUACCCAGCUACACCCUGGCAAAGAUGGGAUCGUUCGCGUGGUCACCAUGAAGACAGCAAAUGCCAACAGCGUCGUGAGACCAGUUGCGAAGAUCGCAAUCCUGCCAGUUCCAACCAAAGACCACCAACCGAAGUAA